AUGGCGGCCCCUCGGAGUUUCUUCAUCACUCUCUCGGGUUUAUUUUUGUUUUUAAAUGUCUCUUGUGGAUCUACGACCUCCGGCGGCAGAAGAGCAAACCAGGAGCGAUGCGGCUACAAGGUGCAGUCUGAUGCUGACGGCGGCCCCAGGUUGGCCGUCACCCUCAGAGCUGACAAUUGUUCAAUAAACUACCCGUUGGGAAAACAUGUUAUCCACGAGGUCGCCAACGUUUCCUUCAGCCAUCUGGCCUGCGAGGAUCAGGCUGCUGUCAUUGUCCACUGGUCUGCAAGUCCACUAGGGAUUGAGCACAUUAAAGGCUUCAGAGUUUACCUGGAGGACAAGAACCCCGAGGGGAAGCAGUGUCAGCACCUCCUGCUCAAAGACCCCCGACAGCUCAACUGCUCCUACAAGAACACGAGGCUGAGCAGUCAGACGUUCAGCGGGUUGACCUUUGACACUGACUACAUGGUUCGCGUUGUUCCUUUCCCAACGCUGAUGAACGAGAGCUUCUUCCCUCCAUCCUUCCUCAGGACCAACUCGUGUGAAGUCCUCCUGGGAUCAGACAACCUGGUUUGCAAACCAUACUGGAAGCCAAAGACCCUGAACGUGUCUCAGCUGGGGUCAAACCUCCACGUGGGGUUCGACCAGGCGCCGAGCUCCUUCGGCUUCCACUUCUACUUCCUGUACUACAAACUGCGGCAGGAGGGACCCUUCAGACAGCAGCGCUGCAAACCGGAUGUGAACCAGUACAGAACUACAUGCAUCCUCAAAGACGUCACUCCAGGAACCUACACUAUAGAGCUAAGAGACGACAGUAAUACCACCAGGAGGCAGACUCAGUACCACGUCAGCCAGGUCCAUUCCCCUUGGGCGGGGCCUAUCCGUGCCAUGGCCAUCACCGUGCCUCUGGUCAUCAUGUCUGCCUUUGCCACUCUCUUCACUGUCAUGUGUCGCAAGAAACAGCAAGAAAACAUCUACAGCCAGCUGGACGAGGAGAGCAGCGAGUCGUCCAAUCAGAGCGCAGCAUUGAACCCGGAGAAGCCGUGGCCCCGCCCCAAAGUCUUCAUCUGUUACUCGAACAGAGACUGCCCCAAACACAUCGCCGUCAUCCAGAGCUUCGCCUACUUCCUGCAGGACUUCUGCAGCUGUGAGGUGGUGUUGGACCUGUGGGAACACCUGGAGAUGUGCAAAGAAGGUCAGAUGUCGUGGCUCAGCAGACAGCUGGACGAAUCCGACUUCAUCAUCACCAUCUGCUCCAAAGGCCUACGCUACUACGUGGAGAAGAAGAGCCGCAGAGGGAAGACGCCAGUCAGUCGCCGCAGUAACAGCAGCAGCAGCUCCCCAAUUGGUGGAUCAGGAAGUGACCUGUUCAUUGUGGGCGUGGCCAUGAUCGCUGAGAAGCUGCGAUUGGCGAAUCAAAGUGAAGGGGGCGGAUCUCAGGAGCUGCAGCGCUACAUGACGGUUUACUUCGACUACUCCACGGAAAACGACAUCCCCACCAUGCUGAGCCUGGCCCCAAGGUUUAAGUUGAUGGACCAGCUGCCUCAGCUCUUCAGCCGGCUCCACUCCAGUCAGUCCAGUCUGUCUGAUCGAGAGUCUCAGCCUCACAACGUGUCCCGGAGGAACUACUUCAGGAGCCGGUCCGGACGCUCGCUCUAUGUCUCCAUCUGCAACAUGCACCAGCACAUCAGCCAGAACCCAGACUGGUUUGAGAAGCAGCUGGCUCCUUCAGGAGGUUCCUCAGCCUCCUCCUCCAAACACCCUCCAGUGGUUGACCCUAACCCUCCUCCAAAGCCUCCCUGCGCCUCCUCUUCCUCUCAGUCCGUGGGGAGGUGUGACUCUGGCCUGGUGCUGAACGAGGUUGUUGUUAAUACACCGUCCCUGGAGGGUGGAGAGGGGGCCCCGGGGAGGAACAUGCUCCUGCUGGCCCCUGGCUCCAGUCCCAGCCUACACCCGGGCCCCAGCCCUAGUCCCAGUCCUGGACUCUGUCCCAGUCCUAGACUGCCACACUGCUCCCUGUCCAUGCUGGGAAGCACUUCAAGGUCCACUUCUGGCAUAUCUGGCCUGUCCCCUGAAGAGUCCUCCUCCUCCUGCUCCGCUCCCUCCAUCCUGCAGGACGUGGUGUGUCCUGUCCACACUGAGGCAGAAGAAGGCCGCCACUCACUUCCAGAGGUCCCGCCCCCUCGUGAUUCGGGCAUCUAUGAUUCGUCCGUCCCUUCUUCAGAACUCUCCAUUCCCCUGAUGGACGGCCUGUCACAUGACCAGGCUGACUCCUCCUCUCUGGCAGACAGCGAAUCGUCUUCUUCGGGGCUGGGUGACGAGGAGCCGCCUGCUGUGACGUCGCUCCGCUGCAGCGCCGCUACAGUUUGUAAAGCGGAGCUGCACCACCAUCACCACCUGGAGCACGCCGACGGACUCGCACCUGUGGCCACAUUGUAGGGGACCAGCCCAGUGAUGUCAUAACAGAGCCAAAAAUGAAUUGGCCUCGGACCUGAAUCCUAUCUUAAAAGUCAUGGAAAUGAUACUGGAAUUAACUCAAUGGCACUGCAGUGGUUCACCUGUGGAAGAUCCUGCUCCGUAGUAACUAUGGUAGCCACUGCAUGCAGAACCUUUGUUCCUGGAAGUUAUUGCGUUUUAGAACUCUUGGCCUUGGUAUCUAUUGUAAGUGCUAGGUGUUUAGAACAAUGAUAACAACGCCAACCACUAAGUUAUGUGACUUACCUCCCUGGUAACUAUGGUAACCACUAAAACUUGUUUACUAUUGCGUCAUUUUCACUGCAUGAUAUGCCAAGAUGUCUCACCUCACCUCUUUUUUUUAUCGUUUUCAAAUUUCAGACAUUAUUUUACUUGGUAAUUUAUAUGAUACCAACUUGGUACUGGUUCUAAGUGAGCUGUGCCGAUGCUAGAACGUUGACUUAAAGAGGCCCUAUUAUGCUAUGCGUGGUUUUCCCUUUCCUGUAGUGUGUUAUAUAGGUUUCUGUGCAUGUAAAUGGUCUGCAAAGGCUAAAAUCCCCAAGUUCCCUUCAGAGGGAGUUUCUCUCCUUCAGAGUCAUUCUAACCAUAAUUUAAAUAAGAAAUAUCAGCCUGCAAAACUAUUACAGUACAGCACAGAAUACAAUUGACAUACGUUACUUGUUUUUUUUUGCCAUUAUCCAGCAAACAUUGCAUAGAAAAUUAUGUCACAGAUUUCACGCAGUGUGGGGAACAGCUGAGAAUCCUGCUUGUACUGAGGGGGGGUGCUACCAGCACUGGAAACAAAAUGCAAAAAAAAGACUUGGUACCAAAUGUGAGACAUGUCGAACCAUGCAGUACAAAUGAGGCAGGUAACUGUGGUAAGAAUGGUAAAACCAGCUACAGCGUGUACUACACUAGUGUCUCGGAUACUACGGUACUUCGUUGGCACUGCCUGAAUGAUUUUUGAAGGACUGGAUCUACAGGUGCUGGCUAAGUUGACCAGAUCAAACCAAAGACUGCCUCAGCACUGUGAUUGAUUGACAGCUGGCCCAAGUAUGAAUUGAUGUUCAGGCAAUUUUUGAUGCGGGAACGUGGAAAAACACAAUGCCACAAACAUGUUCUGAAGCUCCCCGGGAGAAACAUCCAACAGGAUCCAAGAAUCUUCUGAUCUUCUGUGAUUACCCACAAAGAUUUCUUUAAGAAAAUCUGCAACUCUGAGGAUAUUAUACCAUAUAUAUGCUCAUCCCUUAAAGCAGCAAAUACGAACAUAACAACUGCCUAAUAACAAAUCAUUCAACUGUAAAAAAUAACUAUUAAAGAAACUGUCAGAAAUGUACUAAAUCCUGCUUAUGUGAUAUCAUAUUUUGGACAAGUUUUAUGGAAUAUGUAUUGAAGUGAAAUUCUUAGUUUUUCUCUGCUUUCCAAUUAACAAGUUCAGAACAUACAAUUCAGACUCAUUCAGCUGGUGGUAUAACGUAUUGAUCACUGUGGGGACAUUGUUAAGCUUGUGGUUACAUAUUUUAAAGUAUUCAAUAUUAAUGUUACAUUUAUAGUCAUGUAUUUCUUGUUAAAUUCUUAUCUAGCAUUGUUGCAGGAAGCAGCGAUGAGGAGGGCAUUAUGAAAAGUUACACUUUUUUUGUAAAAAUCCUUAUUACUAAAACCACUUUGAAGAUGCAUAUACUGUAUGGAAGCCCAUUCAUGCCAGAAGAAAGAUAAAUUCAUUAAAUGUUGUCAAAUAAAAUUACGAAAUGUCACAUUUUCUGGUUACUAUGUAAUAAAUAUGCGAUACAGUUCAAGUUAUGGAAGAAGAUAGUAAUAAUCUGCCUUCAUAACUUUGCAUUUGGCUUAAUCACUGUUACAUAUCUCAUAAUUGUGACUAAGUCCUUGCAAAUGAGCUUCCAUACACUUUUUUCCAAGUUAUUUUGUACGUUUCUUGUGGUUUGAACCACCAUGUGUUUAAAGUUUUAUAAAGUAUUUUUAUUUUCCUACUCAAAUGUUUUAUGUGACGACUUCUGCAUGGUUGAGUAUGUUGGAAGAGAAGAUUCAGCAUUUCCUACUUGUAAAUAGUAUUCUUAUUUUUAUUUUAACCCUGGAAAUGUCUGUUCUGCUUCAAUUUGAUAGAGUUAGUCUGUUGUUUUACUAUUCUCUCUACGUUUGAUAGUAAUGUACUGUUUUAAAGUACCCUAAUGUAGGAAAUAGAUAAAUUCAUCAAAUAAAAUGUUUGUCUUUUCA